AUGACUACUAUUACCACAAGAAGGAGAUGUUCACGUACUGAACCUAUUACUGUUUCUUUAAAGAGUAUUAAAAAUUCUCAGAGUAUAACACCUUAUUAUAUUCAAAAUCUCAAAUCAUAUUACCGUUUUUCUUCUUCAAUUUUUCCUAAACGUGUACUCAAUUAUUUACAAUUUUAUGGAAUGACUCAAAAUCCUGUAAAUGGGGAAUACAUGAUGGUCACUCAAUAUGCUAACUUUGGUAACCUUCGCCAAUUUAUGCAUUAUAAACCUCGAGCAUUUUAUAAUUUUCGUUGGUCUCAAAAACUUUGGUGGCUUUGUGAUAUAAUUUCAAAUUUGGUAAUUAUUCAUAAAGAAGGUCACAUUCAUGGAAAUUUACAUACUGGUAAUAUUUUACAAAUUGGUAAAGAUCAUCGAGAAACCUAUUCAACGAUCUCAGAUUUAGGUUUAGGUAUACCAGCUGAUAGAUUUUUAAGAUCCGAACAAAAAGUACGAGAAUUUGGAGCCUACGGAGAACGUAUGGCAAGAAUGGCUUAA